AUGGAUUUACCUUCAUGGGAUCUUCUCCCCGAAACAAAUGACUUACUAGGUACAUUUGCGGGCUACGACGCAACAAGCUCAGGGACCAGGACGAUGGAACAUAAUGAAACACAGCCCUUAUUGGAUUCUGGUCAUCAAAAUGGCAGGCCAGUUGUACCGCUCAGUGAUGCUCGAUCGGUCUCUUCGCGGGUGUAUCCCGACACACUCCCUGGAGUGGGAAAUGGGAAAAGCCUCAGCUGGAGCAGCGCAUACAUUCUCGUGGUGUCACGGGUUAUUGGUAGCGGCAUCUUCGCAACACCAGGAUCCAUCGUGAAGUCCGCCGGCAGCAUCGGAUUAACCUUUCUAGUAUGGGUCAUGGGCACCAUCCUAGCGGCGUGUGGGCUCGCCGUCUCGAUGGAAUUCGGAUGCAUGCUUCCUCGGUCGGGAGGAGAUAAGGUGUACCUGGAGUAUACCUAUCCCCGACCAAGAUUCCUGGCGUCCACGCUGAUCGCGGUACAGGCCGUGGUUCUUGGUUUCACGGCCAGCAAUUGCAUUAUUUUUGCCAAGUACACUUUAUUCGCAUUCAGCGUCGAACCGACCGAUCUCCAACAUAAGACACUUGCCGUCGGGCUUUUAACCGUGAUCACCAUAAUUCAUGGCUGCUUUAUGAAGACUGGUAUUCUGAUCCAGAAUGCGUUGGGCUGGGUCAAGAUCUUCUUGAUCGGUGCCAUGUCCCUGACAGGUGUUUGGGUUCUGCUUCUCCAGGUCUUUGGCAACUCACAUCAGAUAAUCCCAGUAACAAAGGCUACCAGUCAUAUCUCUUGGAAUAAGUUAUGGGAAGGAUCAAAUUGGAGUUGGAGCUUGCUUUCAACUUCUCUUUUUAAAGUCAUGUAUUCAUAUGCUGGGCUAAGUAAUAUCAACAAUGUGCUCAAUGAAGUGCAUAACCCGGUUCGGACGUUGAAAACCGUCUGUCCAUCUGCUCUAUUGACGGCCGGUGGUCUGUAUUUCCUUGCCAAUGUUUCUUACUUACUUGUCGUCCCGCUAGACGAUAUCAAAAACAGUGGGGAGUUGGUGGCUGCACUACUAUUCGAGCGGUUAUUUGGGAACCAUGUUGGGAGGACACUGCUUCCACUUGCGAUUGCUAUCUCGGCUGCUGGUAACGUUAUGGUGGUCACUUUUGCACUGGCACGAGUCAAUCAAGAAAUCGCCCGACAGGGCUUCUUGCCAUGGCAGGAUCUCCUAUCGUCUUCGCGGCCAUUUGGGACACCUCUUGGCGGACUUUUGGUGCAUUAUGUCCCGUCCCUUUUGGUGAUUGCCCUGCCUCCACAGCAGGAUGUCUACAAUUUCAUUCUAGACGUGGAAGGGUAUCCAGGCCAGAUAUUCGCACUCGCAAUCAGCGUUGGGCUAUUGAUAUUGCGCUACAGAGAGCCUAGUCGAGUCCGACCGUUCAGAGCUUGGCUUCCUGCUGUCUGGCUGCGUAUUGUAGUUUGUCUGGCCUUGUUAGCGGCGCCUUUCGUGCCACCUCCCAAUUGGCAGGGGGAUGUGGACUUCUUCUACGCCACAUAUGCCAUUGUCGGGAUCAUGGUCAUUCUCUUCGCCGUGUUAUACUGGUAUGUCUGGACCGUACUUCUUCCGCGUUGGGGAGGAUACAAGUUGGAGGAGGCAGAGAAGACAUUGAAUGAUGGUACCAGCCUCAUUCAAAUUAUUCGAUCUUAUAACACUUAA